AUGUCUUCCACAACAGCUACUAAUGCUUAUAUAAAACCGGACUAUUUACAACCACUUAAUAGCACAUCUUUUUCUUCUUCAUCCACUUCCUAUGAUUCAAGUCAAAGCCCAUUGGCUCUACUUGCUCAAACAUGUUCAAGCAUUGGUAAAGAUUCUCCAUCACCACCGUCGUCAUCAUCAUCAUCUUCAUAUUUGUCUUUGAAUACAUCAUUGCUACCUAAUACAGCUCCGCCUAUUAUCACAUCUCUCGUAAAUAAAUCUUCAUCCACUCUUUCAUCAGCAGUUAAUACUGAUAAAUUGUUGUUAUCAUCUAAACGCUCAUCACCAUCACAGCCAAAUAGUACACUUGCUAAUAAAAAGUCAACUCCUCCAGUGAAACCCAGUACCAUUGUACCAUCAUCGUCUUUCGUCGAAUCAAAUCCAUUAUCAGCUCAUUUACCACCACUAUUUGAUCCAACAACAACUACUGCUGCACUUCUACUUCGUUCGUCUCUAGCUUAUCUAGCUGCUCAGCAACAACAGCAGCAACAGCAGCAAGAACAACAACAACAACAACAACAACAACAACAACAACAUCAUUCAUUUUCAACACCAUGCACACUUCCUGGUUGUUUACAAUGUGAAACAGUUCGACAUAUUCUUGCUGCUUCAGUUCAUACUCAACCAUAUUUGUGCCAUUGGUUUUCAUGUAAUGCUAGAUUUUCAUCAGCUGAUGAACUCAUUGAACAUUUACGACAUAGUCAUACAUCAACAGGAAAAGCAACUUCAAUGUAUCAACAUCAUAAUCAUCAUCGUUUUCAUCCUUAUUUAAAGCCUCCAUUGAUGCUAAACAACAAUGAUCAGUUACCAUUCUUUUAUCCUCACUUGUCUUUGUCACCGAUGACAGGAACAACACGACGUACAAACAAUAAUACAAACAACAAUAAUUAA